CCGGCAGCACACUCAGGCUGCAGGCGACGAGGAAAAGAUACUCAUUCAGUGGAGCCACACGACGCUGACGCAUAUUUUCUUAAGAAUGAAGGAGCUCCAGCUCCUGUGUCUGCUUUUCUUUGGAGGUCAAGGGUCAUUUGCGUGCCCCCACCCCUGUGCCUGUCAUGGAAGCCAGGUGAACUGCAGCGGCAGGUCUCUCACCUCCUCUUGGCUCCCCGUCAGCUUCCCGGCAGGCACUACCGAGCUGCAUCUCUACAACAACCUGCUGACCACACUCCCAAACGGCCUGCUGGACAAGCACACCUCACUCCGCCAUGUCUCCCUGCACGGCAACCCGUGGACGUGUGACUGCGGCGUGCUCUACUUGCGUGGUUGGCUUAGACGACAGCCGGUAGGGGGGCUCUCGUCCCACCUCGGCGUCAACUGCAGCUCCCCUCCUAGCCUGAGAGGGAGGCUGGUGGUGUAUCUGACCGAGGAGGAAGUUCUGGACUCGUGUCACUACUGGUACUGCGACCUGGCUUUGGCCUCGCAGGUGUGCCUCUUUGUGUUUGUGCUGCUGCAGGCCGCACUGCUUGUUGCAGUCAUCGUGUUCCUCAGGAGGUUUGAAAGACUCUCCAAAAGUGCCAGGAGGACCAUGGAGGAGAGCCUUACAGCUGGGGAGGCCCUUAUGGAAAAUGAGUAUAUGCGUGUGUAUAAAUGACCAUAACAGCUGAAAGUGCCCUGUUUUAAUACAAAUAUCAACUUUUAUAUACCAUAUAGACCAGUGGUUCCCAACCAUCGGUGCGGGGACCGGCACCGGUCCGUGACGCAUUUGCUACAGAGACAUUGAAUAAUUUAUAAACGACCGCAUUUUUUCCCACUUUAACUUUCGUCUGUCCCACGAGACACACCAAUAAUGUAUUAUAAAACUCCUGAUAGGAAGUCGCCAUUUGCUAUAUUUGUUACAUCUUUCUUACAUGGGACAAUGCAAAAUAAUGAGCAUAUAAAAUGUAAAGGUGCCAAAGUGUAAUCAAAAGCUAGGUUCCAUCUGCAGUCCGCGGCAGGUUGAUGACCAAAGAUUGAGUUUGAGUUUGAGUUUAUUUCGAACAUGCAAGCAUACAACACGAUACAUCACAAUUUCCAGUUUCUCUUUUCAACAUGUUCGAAAAGGAGUAGGAAGAAGCAGAGCUUAUUUAAUCUUACCCCUUUUCUUUUACAUAACAGUUGCUAAAACUUUUGUUCACUUCCUGUUCUCAAUUUAUUCACAAUAUACUCCAUAAGUAAUCACAAUAAAAAUAAAUAAAUAAAUAAUAAUUGGUGAAGUAAGUCAUAUUUCAUAUGAUGAGAUAAGUAAGAUUAUUUUGAGAAUGAAAGAAUGGAUGGAUGAAAUAAAUUCAGAAUGUUUA